AGGCAGCAAACCCAAAUAUUACAAAAGAGAACGAGAAGGAAGCGAUAUUAGCAAUCUGCGUUAGAAGCAAUGAUCAUAAUUAACUUCGGGAAUAUAGAUAUUCGCGAUAUUCUGAUGAAAAUAAGUGUUGUAAUGCUGUCUGGAUUGUUGUCUGCUAACUGAGCAAUGUGUUUUUCUUUGCAGUUAACGAAAUGGACGAGGACUUCAAUCAGUCCCUCACUCCUCCGGUGUCACCGUUUGCAGCGGAGAGUUCGUGCAGUUUGGCUCCCGCUCGCCCACCCUGUUUCGGCUGCUUUUCCGAAUCGGGACGGGAGAACACCCUGCAAGUCUCACCAGACGCUUACAUCGGCAGAGGUUCACUGAAGAGGUUGCUGCUAAGACUGGACCCAGCCCCGGCUGACUAUGAAUCAGACACCGUGGAGCUGUUCGGCUUUCUCUGGGUGACCGAGACGGCCCUGGUGGAAUCCACGCAGCUGCUGUUCGGCCUGUUCAGACAGAAGGUGUUCAAACUGGAGACACUUGUACAAUCCAGCUCUCAUGACUUUGGCCAGGCUAGUGGACUCCACUACGAGGCUGAGGACCUGAGGCACCAGUGUGUGCAGUUCCUUCAGUAUGUCAAAGUUUUCCUCUACAGGUACCUCUCGCCCCCCAGGCCGGAGCAGGCUGCCCCCCACCCCUACGAGGCCCUGCAGGCCGUCUUCCCCUCGGCUCUGCUGGAGGAGCUGUUCGGUCUCUCUCUCCUCAUUGGGCGCCUCAGUGACAUGCCUGCCAGCGUGCAGGCUGCCUUCACCAUGCAACACAUGGGCAAGCUGCUCCCGCCCACCUGGCACCUGCUCCACCUGCACCUGGACCUCCACUGGUCCCUGCUGGAGCUGCUGCACCUGCUGGGUCACAAGAUGCAGGGCCAGGUGGUGUACGUGCAGCAGGACCUGACAGGAGAGAACGUGACCGACGUCAGCCUGCUGGAGCAGCAGCUCACCAACCUGCUGUGUGACCUCACCAGCCUGGCCAUCAGCAAGUACUGCAAGGUGCGUCCGACCGAGGCCCAGAGCAGCCAGCCGUACCUGUGCUCCUGCAGCAGGGAGCUGUGGAUCCAGCUCAUACACUUGGUGGAGCACAGGAGCAAGGUGCUACACACUCCGUCUUUCUGGAGCUACAUGAACACCCUGCUGCGUCCUCUGAUGGGGGGGCCCCGGCCCGAGUCUGGCCAGGGUGCCCCCCUCCCACCCUGCAAGGAUGCCCUGGGCUUCAGCUGGUGGCUGGUGACCCACCUGGCAGAGCUGGGCCAGUACGGCCGCAGUGGCAGCCUCCAGACUGAGAAACAGCUGGAGGAUAACUGGAGCUUAGUAGGAGGGCUUCUGAGGGCCUCCUGUAACCCCAAGGGAGGGCUGCAGGAGGAGCAGGUCAGGAUGCACGUGCACUGCUGUCUGAGUGUGUGUCUCAUGUGGGGCCCCAACACCAGCACCGUGUCUAUCCUCUGGGAGUACUACAGCCGGCACCUGGGAGGCUCCUUCUCCGUGCCCUGGCUGGGGGUGUCGUCUUUGGGCAGCAUGUCGCGGAGCCCCCUGGCCCUGCUGGAGCAGGCCCGGAGCUGCUGCGAGCCCGGCCCCCUGCGCUCCGCAGGCCACGCCCAGCUCUACCGCCACGCCUCCUCCUUCCUCCUCUUCCUCAGGAUCCUGGCACUCUACCUGGCCCAGGACAGCGCCCCCUGGAGGCAGAUCAAGGGGAGGGUGUACUCCAAGUUCCACCAGCGUCGGAUGCAGGAGCUGUCGGAGGCGGGGCUCGCCCACUUCCUCCUCCUCUUCCUGGUCGUGGCCCUGCGGGCGGAGCCGGAGGACGUGGCGGGGCGCGCGUGCGAGCUCCUGGGGCUCCUGCCGUGGGACGGCCCCCCGACCCAGCGGGGCCUGGUGUGGAGGGGCCAGCUGGCCCUGCUGCUGCUGCUCCAGGACCGGGGCCUGGACGUGGGGCCCCAGGCCUGCUGGCUGGCCGACUCCUUCUCCAAGUCGGCCCGGGAGUUCUACCUCCGGACCACGGAGCCGUCCAGGCGCCUGGCGCUCUGGCCGCCGCUCGCCUCCUACCUGGAGGGCGUGGCCGAGGUGUUCGAGACGAGCAGGGCUCUCGGCCAAUCGGAGGAGCGGCUGCUCAACGAGGGCUUCGGCCUCCUGCUUCCCGCCUGCCGGCAGACUGAGCUGGGCUCCGCCCUCGGCUUCCUGCAGGUCGUGCUGUCCCAGCUCCGGCGAGUCCAUCAGCGUGGCGUCCAGGCGGGCCCCUCGGUGGCCAGUGUGGGGAGAGAGCGCCACCUAGCGGUGGCAGCGGCCCUGUGGACCCACUUCUUCCCCUUCCUGCGAAGCCUGCGCCUCACCCAGACCCCCCCAGCCCCCCUGGCAGACGCAGCCGCAGGAUUCACUCUCCUGGCCUUUGACCUGCCGAGCUCCGCCCCCCAGGACCUCCAGCCCAACCCUGUCCAGUCCAUCAUGCACUGCUUUGGCUGGGAGGACAUGCUUCACCCCCUCUUGGUGACUCGUUACCUGCCUCACCUGCUGCAAGACAGUGAGCUGGUGGUGGCGGUGAGCUCCGGCUCAGGUGCUUCUGCUUCCGGUCCGGCCCAGGCUCUGUGUGUGAGAGCCUGGUUCCGGUGCUUUCUCCAGCAGCACCUUCACAAGAACCCAGACAGGUCCGACAGCCGUGCAGGCAGGGCUCUGGAGGAACAGCUGGCUGAGCUGACCAGGCUGGUUCUGCGGCUGCCUGAGGUGGACUCCCUACUGCAGCGUUCUGGGCUACAGCCUGCAGCCUCCAGACCGGAGCCCAGAUCAGCUCUGCAGCUCUUCAUCAAGGCCGUGGGCCGGGUCUACGGUGGUCUCCAGGUGCUGUCGGAGCGCGCUGCCAUGGUCACCAAGGCUCUGGACUACCUGGGAGACUUUCUGAAGCAUGUCAAGCCCUACCUGGUCAACAAGAACCCUGAGGGUCUGCAGCUGGCUUACUGGGUUGGAGGCUGUGUGGUGAAGCACUGGGGCCCCCUGCUGGCCUCCUCGAGGGCCCAGCAGCAACUGUUCCGCCUGGUGGAGGUCCUCCUGCUGCCCCACUCCCUGACCCACCUGGAGCAGGCCCUGCGAGACAGCCUGCCCCUUUACCUACAGGGUCUGUCCGUGGCAGCCGGCAUGUCCCAGUCUCAGGGGGCGGGGCUAAAGCAACAGCUCCGCAGCGUCAUCGCCAAGUACCUGGACCACUUCCUCCCAGCCACGCCCUCCGCCGGAGUCAUAGCCAAUCACCCGGUGCUGCUGGCUGCCUGCGAGGCCACACCCACCCCCCAUGGGGCAGGACUGAGGAGGAGCAUCCUGCAGGUCCUCUGCGAUAACUUCCUGCAGUUCAAGGGCCACGCCCCUCCUCCCCGCCUGGCCGCCGUCCUGGCCUUCCUAUUGGAGCUGCUGAGACGGAACAAGGAUGCUGACCCCGCCCUGCUCACUGUGCCCCUCCCCUCCGUGCUGCGCUGUCUGAUGCUGGUCAACGAGCCACAUGUGAGGAGGAUCGCUACAGAGGCUCUGCAGCUGCUAGUGGAGAGGUGUGGAGCUGCAACAGAUGGACCAUGUAACCAGACCACCACUAUCUUAAAGUCGUUUGUAGAGGAGAACGAAGGUGUGUAUGACAAGCAGGUCUACAGUGUUCUGGAGACUGUGGCGGUUCUAGAUCUGCCAGUGGUGCAGGUUCUAGUGCCGGUUCUGUCUCUGAGCUUGAGGAACACGGAACAUAAGAGAGGCCUGGGCAGGAACAGCACCUUGAGGAGUGCCUACAAGAAACUGCUGAGCAUUUUGGGAGAUGUAGGCCAAGCUGAGGCCAUCAGUCUGGAGGAGGAGUGACCCCUGGACCUCAUCACAUGACCCCCUGACCCACCCCUGACCCCCCAGCUGACACACAGAAGCCAGAAUAUAUAUGCUUUGGACAGAAUGUAUGGCUUCUAUUAAUUUAUUUGUAUUUGUACAGAUGCAGUAUGAUCGUGUUUACCAUACAUUCAUGAUAUGUGGAUUGUUAUUAAAAUGAAGAUG